AGAAGGUGACAGCACGCGAAAGCAGAAUUGGUCUUGGACAAAAUGGCAGCAUUGGAGCUCAGGUCCGUGGACCUGCACAGUGCCAGGAACAACAAGGGACACCACACACAGGAGAUGGGCGGGGAGCGGCUCAUCCUGCGGCGCGGGCAGCUCUUCAGCCUCCGGCUGAGCUUCAACCAGCCCUUCCAGCCCCACCGUGACCACAUCACCUUCGUGGCUGAGACCGGCCCUGAGCCCUCGGAGCUGCUGGGGACACGAGCCACCUUCUUCCUCACGCAGGCACAACGCAGGGAUGUCUGGAGCGUGUCUGACUUCUCAGCUGACUCCACCUCUCUCCAUGUCUCCCUCUUCACACCGGCCAGCGCAGUCAUUGGUCACUACACGCUGAGAAUAGAGAUUGCUCAGCACCAGGGCCACAGGAUGACCUACCCUCUGGGCACCUUCAUCCUGCUGUUUAACCCAUGGAGCACAGAGGACGAUGUAUACCUGCCGAGUGAAAUACUGCUGCAGGAGUACCUCAUGCAGGAUUACGGCUUUGUCUACAAGGGGCAUGAAAGGCUCAUCAACUCCUGGCCCUGGAACUACGGGCAGUUUGAAAAGGACAUCGUAGAUAUCUGCUUUGAGAUCCUGAACAAGAGCCUGUACUUCUUCAGGAACCCAGCUAAAGACUGCUCCCAGCGGAACGACGUGGUAUAUGUGUGCAGGGUGGUGAGCGCCAUGAUCAACAGCAAUGACGACAGCGGUGUGCUGCAGGGGAACUGGAGUGAGGACUACUCCAGGGGCACCAGCCCACUCGAGUGGAACGGCAGUGUGGCCAUCCUGCGGCAAUGGUCUGCCCAGGGCGGGAAGCCCGUGAAGUACGGGCAGUGCUGGGUCUUUGCCUCUGUGAUGUGCACUGUGAUGCGAUGCUUAGGCGUCCCAACCCGCGUAGUUUCCAAUUUCCGUUCUGCACACAAUAUGGAUGGGAACUUGACCGUUGACACCUACUAUGACCGAAAUGCAGAAAUGCUACCAACUCAGAAACAAGACAAAGUAUGGAACUUCCACGUCUGGAACGAAUGCUGGAUGAUCCGGAAAGAUCUCCCACCAGGAUACAACGGGUGGCAGGUCCUGGACCCCACUCCCCAGCAAGCCAGCAGUGGGCUGUUUUGCUGUGGCCCUGCUUCUGUGAAGGCUGUCAGGGAAGGGGACGUCCACCUGGCCUACGACACCUCUUUUGUGUUCGCUGAGGUGAAUGCGGAUGAGGUCGUUUGGCUCUUUGAAGAUGGCGAGGCCCAGGAAAUCCUGGCCCACGAUACCAGUUCCAUUGGGAAGGAGAUCAGCACCAAGAUGGUGGGCUCAGAGCAGCGCCAAGACAUCACCUACUCCUAUAAGUAUCCAGAAGGGUCCCCCGAGGAACGAUCUGUAUUCAUGAAGGCAUCCUGGAGAAUGCUAGGACAGGGAAGGGUUCCCUCACCCCUCCUGGAUCUCCUGGGCUCCAGGGCCUCUAGGGCUCGGCCAGCGCAGCUCCAGCUUCACCUGGCCAGGGCUCCCGUGUGGGGCCAGGACCUGCUCCUCACCUUACAUGUCCGGAGGUUGCGGGAUGGUGCCCACUCCGGGGGUCCCCUCAGACUGGAGGUGCGGCUCUGCGCCCAGGCCCUGCUACAUGGGGGCGGCGCGAGGGAGCCCCUCUGGAAGCAGACAGUGCACCUGGACCUAGACUUUGGGAAAGAGAUACACUGGCCCCUCCUGCUGCCCUACAACAGUUACAGAAACAAGCUGACCGAUGAGAAGCUGGUCCGACUGUCCGGCAUUGCCAAGGUUGAAGAGACAGGGUGGUCGAUGCUGGUCCUAAAAGACCUCUCUCUGGAGCCGCCACACUUGUCUAUUCAGGUGUCCGAGACAGCCCAGUUGGGCAAGGCCCUGAGAGUCCACAUCUCACUCACCAAUACACUAAUGGUGGCCCUGAGCAAAUGCACCAUGGUGCUGGAGGGAAGUGGUCUCAUCAACGGGCAGAUAGCAGAAGACCUUGGAACUCUGAUGUCUGGAGACACUGUCCACGUUCAAGUAGACCUCUACCCCAGCAAGGCUGGGCCCCGCCAGCUCCAGGUCCUGAUCAGCAGCAGUGAGGUCAAGGAGAUCAAGGGCUACAAGGACAUCUUCGUGGCUACAGCUGCGGCUUCCUGAGCCAGGUCCAGCCUUCCUGUGCCUCUCAGGUCUCCUCACCCCUUUCUCUUCUGCCUCUGUCCUGGGAGUAAAUGAAGUAGCAACGGAGAUGUCUUCAUCCCUGGUGUUGUGGCUCCUGAGCUGAUCAGACACUUAGCGCUAUCCAUGUGUCCCCUCGGCCUAGCUGCCAGCUGUGUGGCUGGGCCCUUCUUGCUCCUUGAGCCCCCUCUCUGUUACCUGAAGGGGCUCCACCAAAAGAUAAGCCUCCACAGGCCUGGAUUGCCUCUCUUGAAGGAUCUAGGCCUCUCCCCUUCCAUUGUCUCAGCAAGCCCAGGUGAAGUGAUCCCUGAGCAGGAUACCAAAUGCUGUGCCUGCUGCCCAGCAGGGCUUGUCUGCCCACCUGGGAGGCCCAGGAUGGGGAGCAGUCCCUUCUUGGUGGGUCCUCCUCCUGAAGACAGGGCCCAGGCCCCCUCAGUUCAGGCCCCAGGAGGCCUGGGAAGUGCUUCUCAGGAGUGACGCAUCCUCCCUUCUUGCCUGCACUCCCUAAUCUUUCACCCAGAGUCUCCUCAGCUUCUUGUAUGUUGUUAUUUUCAGGACAGGGAGAUCCACUCUUUUGUGUUGUUUUUCUUAUGGUUAUCAAAAUCAUUCCUACUCAUUAUUAUUAUUAUUAUUUUCUACUGGGAAUCUGGUCCCUGAGUCUCCCUGGGCCUUGGAACGCUCUGGAGCCGGCACCCCUAGCCCCCCAAGUUGUCCUGCCUCCUGCGAAUGGCAGGAGUGUCCACAUCUCCGUCUUGGGUGUCCUCCCCUGAGGUCAUCACUGAUUCCCUCCUUCCAUCCGGAAGGGAAGGCACUCAUCGACACAGCUUACCUUCCCUGGACCCAGAAGUGUGCAACUCUGACCAGCCUGACUCCCUGCUCCACACCUGUCCACACACCCUCUGACUAAGGCUUUACAGGAGGCAAUCGGAAAGCUAAGCCUGUGAAGCAGCUCAUAGGCCCAGAGCCCAGGUCUCCUUCAGCCAGGGGUCCAGGCACAGGAGGUGCUGUGGAUCUUCCUGGCCCCAUCAUGGCACUGUCCUUGUGUCCUGUGGUGCUUCUGUAAGAGCCUGACUGAACCAGAGAGACUCCAUGUUGACCAGCAAACGACCUAGAGACUGUCGCU